AUGGAGGGAGAAAUAUAUGGAAGACCGGAGACAAAUCCCAACUAUGGGCCGGGGAACCAGAACCCGUUCCAGAGAGUCCCAGCCGGUCGAAUCAUCGUGGAUCAGAGACCUCCCCAUGCCUUGUAUGGUGGCAUAACCCAUGAUGGGCAAGGCGGCUCGGGUUUCCGACCACUUUUCACACCAGCGAACGCAAACUCAAACACGAACACGAACGCUCAGAGCUCCGGAAGUUCAUCCGGUCAGCCGGCCUCCGGACAAGCGCCAACGCCAGCAGAGGCCCUAGCACAGCAGAAUGCUGCAAAGGCAGAGGCACAGAAGAAGCCCGAAAAGGCUGAGGCGCAGGAGAAGACCGAAAAGGCUGAGGCGCAGGAGAAGACCGAAAAGGCCCCAGAACCAGCAAAGGCUGGAGAGUCUUCAGGCCAGCAGAAUUCCGGACAGUCAUCGGAGCAGCCAAAACCUGCGUCUGGGUCAGAUGGAAAGCCAGAAAACAAAAAGGCAAGGCGAAAAAGGCUCCAAGCAGAAGCUAAAGCCAACAAGGACGCCCAGAACCGAAAGGACAAGGGUCCCGAUAAGGAUUCAAAAGACCCCCCGCCGCCAGGCAUGUGCGCCAGAAACGCUGGUGGCUCAUGUUCAAUAAAUUCAGCUAAGAAGAAUGCUCCCACGGAGAAGGGUGCUUUGAAUAACAAGUCCACUGACAAAGCAAAGGAUGGCUCCAAGAGUAUGGCCAAGGGAGGAGUCGCCAUGAACCAAAAGACGCCCGUCAAAGCCAUGGCUCGUCCCCAAGACAAGACUGGUCGACAAGGAAAGGCCGCCGACUCUAAGAAUGCUGCUAAAUCAAAGGCUCCUAGAAAUGGCAAUACAAAACUCAAGGCUGGCCCCAAGCAAAAUGCAGCUAGCAAAGGGAAGAUGACCGCUAAAGGCAAGGCUGGUCGCAAAGGAAAGACACCUGGCAGAGGCGGUAAGGGUAGCGCCAAGAACACUGCCAAAGCAAAAGCCUCUAGUAAAGGCAAAGGGAAUUCCAAGGCCAAGAUAAAUCAAAAGUCGCCCAGGAAAGGAAACUCCGCUGGCAAAGGAAAGUCUGCGCCAAAGGGAAAAUCCUCUUCCAAAGGGAAGGUUGCGACAAAAUCAAAGACUGGCUUGAAUGGAAAAUCUGCUAAAGCAAAGGGUUCCAAAGGAAAGGUUUCUGCUAAGAAUAAACCAAAGGCUGCUCCCAAAAGGAAGUCCCCCGCGAGAAAUAAGGCGAAGUCUUCCUCUCAAGCAAAGACUUCCAAAGGAAAAUCUCCUAAGAGGAAAGCUGUUGGGAAAAGCAAAGCGAAGACUUCCAAAGCAAAGGUUUCCAAGGGCAAAGCUGCUCAAGGGAAGUCUCAUGCUAAGAAUAUGGCAAAAUCUUCCUCUAAGCCAAAGACCGCUAAAGCAAAGUCUCCCAAGGGUAAAAGUCCUGGAAAGAGCGGAGUGAAGGCUCCCUCUAAAGCAAAAGCUUCCAAAGUAAAGGCCCCGAAAGGAAAAACUGCUAAAGGGAAGUCACCAAAGGGAAAGGUCCCUAAGGGAAAAGUUGCUACAAAAAGCAAAGCAAAAGCUCCCUUUAAAGCAAAGGCUUCCAAAGGAAAGUCACCCAAAGAAAAGUCGCCUAAAGGAAAAGCUCCCUCUAAGGCUAAGGCGAAAACUCCCUCCAAAUCAAAGACUCCCAAAGGCAAGGCUCCUAAAGCGAAGGCCGUUAAAGGAAAGUCGCCUAAAAGGAAAGCUCCCUCUAAAGGAAAAGCUCCCUCUAAAGGAAAAGCUCCCUCUAAAGGAAAAGCUCCCUCUAAAGGAAAAGCUCCCUCUAAAGGAAAAGCUCCCUCUAAAGGAAAAGCUCCCUCUAAAAGAAAAGCUCCCUCUAAAGGAAAAGCUUCCAAAUCAAAGACUCCUAAAGGCAAGGCCCCGAAAGCAAAGACUUCUAAAGGAAAGUCGCCCAAGGGAAAAGCUCCCUCUAAGGCUAAGGCGAAAACUCCCUCCAAAUCAAAUACUCCCAAAGGCAAGGCCCCUAAAGCGAAGGCCGCUAAAGGAAAGUCACCUAAAGGAAAAGCUCCCUCUAAAGCAAAGGCUUCUAAAGCUAAACUUCCUAACGCGAAGAAGUCUCCCGCUAAGGUUAAAGCAAAAACUCCCUCUAAAUCAAAGACUCCUAAAGGCAAGGCCCCUAAGGGGAAAGCUCCAAAGGGAAAAGCCCCGAAGGGAAAAACUGCUAAAGGUAAGUCUUCCCUUAAGGCUAAGGCGAAGGUUCCCUCCAAAGCAAAGAUUCCUUCCAACGGGAAAGGAAAAGGUGCCCCUAAGGCUAAAGCCCCUGGUAAGGGAAAGAGUAAAGCGAAAGCUACGCCAAAGGCAAAAGCCGCCUCUGUGAAAGCUACUCCUAAGGCUAAAGUCGCUGCCAAGGGUAAGGCUGCGACCAAGGGUAAGGCUACAGCUAAAGCCAAGGCUGCACCAAAAGCAAAGGCUGCUCCCAAAGCCAAGGCUUCGACCAAAUCCAAGGCUGCACCCAAAGCCAAGGCUACGACCAAAUCCAAGGCUGCACCCAAAGCAAAGGCUACAAAGGCAAAGGCUGCGGCCAAGCCAAAAGCUGCUCCAAAACCAAAAGCUGCUCCAAAACCCAAAGCUGCUCCAAAACCAAAAGCUGCAAAGGCUGCUCCUAAAAAAGGUAGAAGGAGCGAACAUUAG